CCGUGUAAAUAUCUCACCUCGCAGCAGCUCCGUCAAAGCUCCACACAGAUUAGCCGCCUUCGUUCAAAUGUGCGUCUCAUAAAUAACAUGUCGUUGUCUUUGCCAUGCGAUUUUACUGUCUAGGCUGGAGAUAGUAGAGCUCGGACGCUGACGGGAGCUGUGCUGCACCGAGACAGCCGAGACGGUACUGAGAGUGUGGCUCCAUUCAUAAAGGCCAAAUGGGGCUCUUCGACAAGCUGGCCGGAUGGCUGGGCUUGAAAAAGAAAGAAGUGAACGUUCUGUGCCUGGGGCUGGACAACAGCGGGAAAACCACCAUCAUCAACCAGCUGAAGCCCACUAAUGCUCAGGCCCAAGACAUUGUACCCACCAUAGGCUUUAGCAUAGAGAAAUUCAAGACAUCAAGUCUGUCGUUCACAGUCUUCGACAUGUCAGGCCAGGGCAGAUACAGAAACCUGUGGGAGCACUAUUACAAGGAGGGUCAGGCCAUCAUAUUUGUUAUUGACAGCAGUGAUAAGCUGAGAAUGGUGGUGGCCAAAGAAGAGUUGGACACCCUCUUAAACCAUCCUGAUAUCAAGCAUAGGAGGAUCCCCAUUCUGUUCUUCGCUAAUAAGAUGGACCUAAGGGACGCACUGUCAUCAGUGAAGGUCUCUCAGCUCCUCUGCCUGGAGAACAUCAAGGACAAACCCUGGCAUAUCUGUGCCAGUAAUGCUGUCCAGGGCGAGGGUCUGCAGGAGGGAGUCGACUGGCUGCAAGAUCAGAUCAGAACGAUGAGAACGUGAAGUCAUCGUAAAGUACGGAGGAAAAAUGUCACAUCUUGCUCAUGCAAUAGCAGCGAAGCUGUCCACAGACGUCAAAUCAAGCCUGACCCUUGGCCUUCAAUGUGUGGGCAUGAUGGGCCGUCUGUGGUGACCCACGCUUGGAAGCUCAGAGUUCGGUAGUGCGAGAUGCUGUUUCGCUUUCAUUCUGUUGCACCGCAUAUUGUUUUUUUCACAUUCUUAGAUUGUCUUUUAUAAUAGGCAACCAAAUAAGUCAGAUGUGCUUAUGAUAGUGUUUGUAGAAUGUGAUGAAAUUGCAAACACUUUUAUACCUCAGCUGAACAGCAGACAACAUUUUUUUGAUUUAUGCUGAUUUUACAUUCAUUUGGCUACCAGGCAUAAUGAAUACAGCCCAAGAGCACUGUAUGGUUUUUUUAUGCUUCACAAAGCAGGAUUCUUCAGUUAGCCAGAUAACUUAAGCCAAACAAACCUCAGGCAACCUGAUGCAGAUUAUCUAGCUCAGUAUUUUCAUUCCCACUCUUCAUGAUUCACUGCCCUGUGCAGCAUUUUCCCAGCCAUAUCUUGCUAAUUGUACACAUUGGGAGGGUAUUGCACAGGAUUUUUUGGUUAGGUAGAUACCUAAAUGAAAAAUGAGCUCUUAUUUGAAUGACUCUUUGUGCUUCUCCUGUCAGACAGUCUUGAUUUUUGGUUUUAGUUGUCCAACUAAACGGAAUAUCCUGCUUUGUUAAAUACCUCCCAGGGUGACACAUCAAUAUUGUGCUAAAAUCAAUGGUUGCUAUUUGCAGUAGUUUGUCCAUUAUCAAAAACAUUUUCCUUCCUUUUCACUGUUUGUUCUCAUUUGUGCUAGUAGGGGUUUUGGAGAAAUCUAGACAUGAUAUGUCCAAAUGCAAGAUUUAUUUUUUUAGCUGGAUAAUUUAAGCCCAAAGUUGUAGGUUGUGCAAUAGAAACAUAUGUUGGCUCUUCUCCCAUUGCACAGGGCUUGUCUUUCAGCUUAAAUUGUCUGGCUCUCUGUUUUGUUAAAUACCCUUCACUAUCUUUGUGAUUAGUUUAAGAGUAUUUAUAGUAGUGACUUGAGGAUCCUCCUCUUUGCCAGGUAGCUUGUUCUACAGGCAUGUUUAGAGUAUUGUCUCUAGAAGAUUUCUAUUGUGGUACUGUAAGUAUGUGGACAAUUUGACAGAUGAAAUAUUUGCUUAAGAAACAUUCCUGUGUUUUUUUUUUAUUAUAUAUCUACUUAAUUUCAUAAUUAUUACCAAAAUUCUAAUAAUAGAAUUACUGCUGAGGCAGCAACACUAUUAUUUUUUAUUUGAUUUCUUUUUCGUAUUAUACAUGCAGACUCUGCUGUACUUUCUGUCAAAGAAUGUAUAGUUUUCCAUUCAGUGUGUCUGUAAAACUGUCUUGUACUGGUAUAUUUAAAGAGUAAAAGGUCUACAAGUAAAA